AGCAAAGCGCUGGUACUUAAGAGGUACGGCCAUCUAGUCCAGCAGGUGCACCUGCAGAAAUGGGGUCGAAGGAGGUGGUGCAGCUUUGUGCUUUAGCAGCGCUGUUCUGCAGUGUCUGUUCUCUAAACAGAGCUGGGACAAAGUUUGCGACAGUCGUCACCGAGAAUUAUUCUGAUGGAUAUGGGCCAUCCAUGUCCAACCUGGUGUUUACUGCACAGGCCCUUGGCACAACCAUAGUGACAGUCUUUGGCCCAGGCCCUAGAUUUCCCCUCAAUCUGGAGAUUAACUCACUAGAAAGCAAAGUUAUUUCACUCCCAGAAAUAGUGGAGGUUGCAGGCACUGUCAAGUCCUCCAAUACCAUUGUAAUCGAGUCCAGCAAACCCAUCACUGUUGUUCUGCUGAACUCCAAGCCCAGAACAGCAGAUGCCACUGUUGUGUACCCUAUAAAGGAAUGGGGAGUUGAGUACUUUGCCCUCACCCCAGAUUAUGUAAAAUCAUCCAAACAGUUUGCCAUCAUAAAUGCAGACCAGCCAAACACCGUCGAGGUGGAUCUGAAAGGGGACGUGAGAUUUGAAGGGAAACAAUACAGAGCAGGUACAAAGCUCACCGUGUCCCUUUCAAAGUUUGAAAGCUUUCAGUUGCAGAGUUCUGACGACUUGUCGGGCACCAGAAUCAAGAGUGAGGGACCAGUAGGUGUAAUCACUGGUCACACAUGUUCAGCGAAAAACUCUAAUUGCAAUACCCUUGUUCAGCAGCUGUUGCCCGUACCACAAUGGGGAACUACCUUCAUUGUGCCUCCACUCCCUUAUCAGAACAAUUUUGAUCUAGUUUAUGUAACUGCAUCCCAGCAAACCAAUUUCCAAAUCCAAUCUGGAAGUGAACGCAAGUCACUAGCUUUAGAUCGUGGACAAAGUACUUCACUUCAAAUAAGCCCCCAGAAACCCCUAUACAUACAUGCUUCAGCUGGCAUACAGGUCUUGUAUUUCUGCACUGGCGGUAGAGUAGGUGGUCAAAUGUUUGACCCGUUUUUGAUGAACAUUCUCCCCACUGACACAUUUUGCCAAAAAUAUUCUGUACAAGGCCAAGAAGGGUUUACAAACCAAGCAAUGGUUGUGUCAAAGACUACAGACAUCUCAGGAAUUCUGUUUGAUAAGAAAUAUGCUGUUCAAAGUCUUGUUUGGACUCCGAUCCCUGGCACAGAAUACUCUUGGGCACUCUCUGACUUUGGAUCCCAGCCCAUACAGCACGUUGUGGAGCACCCUACUGCUGCCAUUGGGGUCUACAGCAUAGGAAAAGCUGACCAGAAUGCCUAUGGAUCCGCUGCACCUUGUUACGCUCAUUCGGACUGUCCGGAGAUCACAGAUGGGAUCCAAUAUGCCACACUCAUCACAGAGAAUUAUUUGCCAGGCAAUGAUCCCCAGUUUAACUUGUCUAUUUCCGCUCGCUCUGCAGCUGCCACUCAAGUAUCUAUAAAUGCGCACAUGCCUGGUUUUCCGAUGUGUCUUGAACUUGAACAAAGCAGGAGCCAAGUAAUUUCGCUUCCCCAGACCCUGGAGGUGCAAGGUAGUGUCACAUCCUCAAACAUGAUUAUUAUCACAUCACAGAAGCCCUUGUCAUCCAUACUUAUGAACUACAAGACCCGUACAGCAGACACCACCAUUGUAUACCCUGUUACAGACUGGGGUAAUGAGUAUUAUGUGGUUACUCCAAACUAUGGGGAUCUCUCCAAGCUUUUUGCUGUCAUGAAUUUGGAAAACUCAAACUCUGUUGAUGUGUACCUCACAGGGAAAGUGACCUUUAACCAGAAAACAUACAUAAAAGGGAGUAAACUCACAAUCUUCCUUUCCAAGUAUGAGAGUGUUCAGCUAAUGAGUAUGGACGACCUUUCAGGCACAAAGAUUGUUUCCACUAAACCGGUCGGUGUAAUAGCAGGCCACGUCUGCUCCAAUCGCAAUGUUAGGUGCAACGUUCUCUUUGAGCAGCUGCUACCUGUAACCAGGUGGGGCUCAUCCUUUAUUGUGCCACCUCAACCUUAUCAGAUGAAGGAGGACUACGUUUAUGUUGCUGCCUCGCAGUCCACCAAUGUUCUAAUUCAGUAUGGCAAUAAAAAGGAUUCCAAACAGCUCAAUAGCGGGGAGGUUAUCCAAUUGAAUAUAGACGGAAGCACCCCCCUUUACAUCACAGCAUCCCAAGGUAUCCAGGUCAUGUUUUACAGUACUGGAGGAUCAAACGACAAGUGGGGCUUUGAUACGUUUUUAAUGAACAUCGUCCCAACCAACUUGUUUUGCCGUAAAUACUUUAUUCAAGGCUAUGACAAAUUUGAAAACAGAUUACUGGUCAUUGCAAAACCUUCAGACAUCUCAGAAAUACGUUUCGAUAACCAGUUGCUUUUGAAAACGGUCAAGUGGGCCCCUGUAAAAGGCACUGAAUAUUCCUGGGCUCACAUUGAAUAUGGUCUGGAGGAAAAACCACACUACAUAGAGCACCCAAAAUCUUCCUUUGGGGUCUACAGCAUUGGGACAGUAUUAUAUAAUGGAUAUGGAUCCCCUGCACCUUGUGCAAUAGACUCUGUACCCAUGGACCCCUGUGAUAACAAGCAGUGCAGGACAGGAGAAAAGUGCCAGGCAGUGAACGGCCAGGUCACAUGUGUCCCAGUAUCAAAGGCAGAAUGUAUCGCUUGGGGAGACCCACAUUACCGCACAUUCGAUGGACGAAGCUUCGAUUUCCAGGGCACCUGUACCUACACCAUCGCCAAGACUUGCGGGAAUGAAACCCUGCCCAGCUUCAAUAUCGAGGCAAAGAACGAAAACCGGGGUAGCACACGAGUGGCCUACCUGAAGCAUGUUAAUGUCCAGGUCUAUGGCUUAAUGAUAACUAUGGCCAAAUCUGAAAAUGGCAGAGUCAGGGUCAAUCAGAACAUGUAUUACUUGCCAAGCACUCUCCAGGAUGGAAAAGUAAAAAUCUAUCAAAGUGGAGGCCGCGCUGUUCUGGAAACCGACUUUGGUCUCAGGUUGUCCUAUGACUGGAACCACCACCUCACUGUGUCUGUCACAAGCACCUUCCUUGGUCAGCUGUGUGGUCUAUGUGGCAAUUACAAUGGUGACUCAAAAGAUGAUUUCGUAAUGGUGGAUGGAAAAGAGGCCAACAAUGCUGCAUCCUUUGGGAGAAGCUGGAAAGUUAAAGAUGAUGAUCCUGCAUGCUGGGAUGACUGCAAGGGAGAGUGCAAGACCUGCGAGUCCAGCCUCAUCUCCAAGUACCAGGGAGAGCAGUUCUGUGGUCUGCUGGCCAAAGUUGAUGGGCCUUUCAGGGACUGCCAUGCAGUCAUCAAACCAGAGCUCUUUAUGGACGGCUGUGUCUACGAUGUGUGUUUGAAUGACGGGUUUAGUGUUUUCCUCUGUCAGGCUUUGAAGACCUAUGCAGAUGCUUGCCAGGCAGGAGGAGUCGAAGUAUACAACUGGAGAAAGCAGUCCCAAUGUCCUCUGACAUGUCCUCCUAACAGUCACUAUGAGUCCUGUGGCAGCGCCUGUCCUGCAUCCUGCUCAAACCCUAGUGCUUCUGUCAAUUGCAAGCUGCCCUGCACCGAGACCUGCCAGUGUAACGAUGGCUUCGUUCUCAGUGCUGGAGAGUGUGUGCCCGUCAAGAAAUGUGGAUGCACCUACCAAGACCGAUACUACCCACCUGGGGUCAGGCUGUGGUCUGACAAUAACUGCGAGCAAUCCUGCAUCUGUAACGCAGGCACUGGCAAAGUGCAGUGCAGAAACACAAAAUGCAAGUCUUUCGAAGUUUGUAAGGUAGUUAAAGGAGUAAGAGGUUGUUAUUCCAAUAGAAAGGCAACAUGCAGAGCCAGUGGGGACCCUCACUACAUCUCCUUUGAUGGACGCAAGUUUGACUUCCAGGGAACCUGCUUCUACCAGCUAGCAGCUGUCUGCAAUCCCAUUGAUGAACUGGAGAAGUUCCAGGUGCAGGUGCAGAAUGAGCACCGAGGCAAUAAGGCUGUGGCUUACACACGGCUCGUACAGGUCAACGUGUACGGCCACAUCAUCAUCGUCAGCACGGACCAUGCUGGGAAGGUCCAGGUGGACAACCUGUGGGAGAACCUACCCUUGAGCCUAGAAGACAACAGAUUAUCAAUCCAAAGCAAAGGCUGGAAAGCCGUCAUUGAGACCGGUUUCGGAUUGCAGGUGACUUUCGACUGGAAGAGCCAAGUGGAAAUCACUGUUCCUGAAAGCUACGCAGGCGCUAUGUGUGGCCUGUGUGGAAACUACAACCAGGAUGGCAAGGAUGACUUGACUAUGAAGAAUGGGCAGCUGACCAAAGUCCCAGCAGAGUUUGGAGCGAGUUGGAAGACAGAAGACAUCCCCGGCUGCAGUGACCAGUGCAAAGGAACAUGUCCGAACUGCGAUGUCACUCAGAAACGUCAAUAUGAGACCAAUGAAUACUGUGGCAUAAUCACGGAUCCGACUGGGCCAUUCAGAGAUUGCCAUGCCAAGGUGCCCCCUACAUAUUUCUUUGAUGACUGUGUGUUUGAUGCCUGUCUUUACAAGGGCAUACAGUCUGUUGUGUGUAAGGCCAUCAGUGGCUAUGUCACCAAAUGUCAGGAGGCUGGAGCCCAGGUUUAUAAAUGGAGAACAGACACAUUUUGCACUCCUGUCUGUCCUGAAAACAGCCACUAUGAGAUGUGUGCCAGUGGAUGCCCUUCCACGUGUGCCAGUCUCACCACUGGCACACAGUGCGAUGCUUUGUGUGAAGAAGGAUGCCAGUGUAAUGAGGGAUUCAUUCUCAGUGGAGUCCAGUGUGUCCCCAUCUCCCAGUGUGGCUGCAUGUACAGUGGCCGUUACUACAAGGCUGGGGAAAUGUUUUUCCCUGAUGGAUUGUGCACGAGUCAGUGCACGUGCGGUGCCAGUGGAGCUGUGCAGUGCCAGCCAAUCACAUGCGGGGAGAACGAGGUGUGCAAAGUACAGAAUGGUGUGCAGGGAUGCCAUCCCCUAGGGGAGGGGAAGUGCACUGCUUCUGGAGACCCACACUACACCUCAUUCGAUGGGCUGAAAUUCGACUUCCAGGGCACCUGCACCUACACACUGGCAAAGCUCCUGUACACGAACGGCAGUCUUACACCUUUUGAAGUGCAGGUGGAGAACGAGAGCUACGGCAACAGGAAGGUGGCUGUCACUAGAAUGGUGGUCACCAAGGUGAAUGGCUAUAGCAUCACCAUGGAGCAGAAGGUCCAAUGGAGAGUGAAGGUGAAUGGAAUCAAUACAAACCUACCCCUGAAGCUGGACGAUGGGAAGGUUUCUGUGAUCCAGCAGGGUAAAAACAUCAUCCUUCAGACAGAGUUUGGGCUGAAGGUUCUCUAUGACUCGGUGUACUACGUGCAGGUAACCGUCCCUGGCAACUACCGGAACAAGGUAGGUGGACUUUGUGGUAACUUCAACGGCAACAAAAAGGAUGAGUUUGCACUGCAGGGUGGCGGACUCACAGAGAACGUCAAUGCCUUUGGGGCCAGUUGGAAUAUAUUCGUGGAAGGAGCCAAGUGCAACCAUGGCUGUGACCAGGACUGCCCCCGGUGUGACGAAACCAAAAAGGCCAAGUACAGCACAGCAGACAGCUGUGGGAUCAUCUCCUCCACAACAGGCCCCUUCGCAGCCUGCCGCUCCAUCAUCAGUCCUGACAUUUACUUUGAGAACUGUGUCUUUGAUGUAUGUGCCACUGAUGGGCUGAGGGAUAUCCUCUGUAGGAAUCUGGAAGCCUACACUGCUGCCUGCCAGGAUGCUGGAGUCAUCAUCAAGCCCUGGAGGAACGAUGGGUUCUGCCCAAUGACUUGUCCAAAGAACAGCCAAUACGAGGUUUGUGCUGACACCUGUCGCAGUGCUUGUGCAGGUAUCAUCGCCCCCCUCACCUGCACAUCUCAGUGUUAUGAGGGCUGCCAGUGUGACCCUGGCUUUGUGUUUGAUGGGGAGCAGUGUGUAUCCUCUGGAAACUGUGGUUGUUCGCACAAUGGGAGAUACAUGAAGGUUGGGGAGUCCCUGAUGUCUGCAGACUGCUCCAGGAAGUGCACAUGUAACCCCAAAGGAGCAGUGAGCUGUGAGACAAUCCAAUGUACCACUGGGUGUGCUGUGCAGAAUGGAGCCCAGAUCUGUUUAGAUGAGCUUGUGGAUCUAUGCAAAAAGAAGCAGUGCAGGAAUGGGGAAACGUGCCAACAAGUGGACAACCAGGCUGUGUGCUUACCACUAUCGAAAGCUGAGUGUAUCGCUUGGGGAGAUCCACAUUACCGCACCUUCGAUAGACGUAGCUUCGAUUUCCAGGGCACCUGUACCUACACCAUCGCCAAGACUUGCGGGAAUGAAACCCUGCCCAGCUUCAAUAUCGAGGCAAAGAAUGAAAACCGGGGUAGCACACGAGUGGCCUACCUGAAGCAUGUAAACGUCCAGGUCUAUGGCUUAACGAUAACUAUGGCCAAGUCUGAAAAUGGCAGAGUCAGGGUCAAUCAGAACAUGUAUUACUUGCCAAGCACUCUCCAGGAUGGAAAAGUAAAAAUCUAUCAAAGUGGAGGCCGCGCUGUUCUGGAAACCGACUUUGGUCUCAGGUUGUCCUAUGACUGGAACCACCACCUCACUGUGUCUGUCACAAGCACCUUCCUUGGUCAGCUGUGUGGUCUAUGUGGCAAUUACAAUGGUGACUCAAAAGAUGAUUUCGUAAUGGUGGACGGAAAAGAGGCCAACAAUGCUGCAUCCUUUGGGAGAAGCUGGAAAGUUAAAGAUGAUGAUCCUGCAUGCUGGGAUGACUGCAAGGGAGAGUGCAAGACCUGCGAGUCCAGCCUCAUCUCCAAGUACCAGGGAGAGCAGUUCUGUGGUCUGCUGGCCAAAGUUGAUGGGCCUUUCAGGGACUGCCAUGCAGUCAUCAAACCAGAGCUCUUUAUGGACGGCUGUGUCUACGAUGUGUGUUUGAAUGACGGGUUUAGUGUUUUCCUCUGUCAGGCUUUGAAGACCUAUGCAGAUGCUUGCCAGGCAGGAGGAGUCGAAGUAUACAACUGGAGAAAGCAGUCUCAAUGUCCUCUGACAUGUCCUCCUAACAGUCACUACGAGUCCUGUGGGAGCGCCUGUCCUGCAUCCUGCUCAAACCCUAGCGCUUCUGUCAAUUGCAAGCUGCCCUGCACCGAGACCUGCCAGUGUAACGAUGGCUUCGUUCUCAGUGCUGGAGAGUGUGUGCCCAUCAAGAAAUGUGGUUGCACCUAUCAAGACCGAUACUACCCACCUGGGGUCAGGCUGUGGUCUGACAAUAGCUGCGAGCAAUCCUGCAUCUGUGACGCAGGCACUGGCAAAGUGCAGUGCAGAAACACAAAAUGCAAGUCCUUCGAAGUUUGUAAGGUAGUUAAAGGAGUAAGGGGUUGUUAUUCCAAUAGAAAGGCAACAUGCAGAGCCAGUGGGGACCCUCACUACAUCUCCUUUGAUGGACGCAAGUUUGACUUCCAAGGAACCUGCUUCUACCAGCUAGCAGCUGUCUGCAAUGCAACUGAUGAACUGGAGAAGUUCCAGGUGCAGGUGCAAAAUGAGCACAGAGGCAAUAAGGCUGUGGCUUACACACGGCUCGUACAGGUCAACGUGUACGGCCACAUCAUCAUCGUCAGCACGGACCAUGCUGGGAAGGUCCAGGUGGAUAACCUGUGGGAGAACCUACCCUUGAGCCUAGAAGACAACAGAUUAUCAAUCCAAAGCAAAGGCUGGAAAGCCGUCAUUGAGACCGGUUUCGGAUUGCAGGUGACUUUCGACUGGAAGAGCCAAGUGGAAAUCACUGUUCCUGAAAGCUACGCAGGCGCGAUGUGUGGCCUGUGUGGAAACUACAACCAGGAUGACAAGGAUGACUUGACUAUGAAGAAUGGGCAGCUGACCAAAGUCCCAGCAGAAUUUGGAGCAAGUUGGAAGACAGAAGACAUCCCCGGCUGCAGUGACCAGUGCAAAGGAACGUGUCCGAACUGUGAUGUCACUCAGAAACGUCAAUAUGAGACCAAUGAAUACUGUGGCAUAAUCACGGAUCCGACUGGGCCAUUCAGAGAUUGCCAUGCCAAGGUGCCCCCUACAUAUUUCUUUGAUGACUGUGUGUUUGAUGCCUGUCUUUACAAGGGCAUACAAUCUGUUGUGUGUAAGGCCAUCAGUGGCUACGUCACCAAAUGUCAGGAGGCUGGAGCCCAGGUUUAUAAAUGGAGAACAGACACAUUUUGCACUCCUGUCUGUCCUGAAAACAGCCACUAUGAGAUGUGUGCCAGUGGAUGCCCAUCCACGUGUGCCAGUCUCACCACUGGCACACAGUGCGAUGCUUUGUGUGAAGAAGGAUGCCAGUGUAAUGAGGGAUUCAUUCUCAGUGGAGUCCAGUGUGUCCCCAUCUCCCAGUGUGGCUGCAUGUACAGUGGCCGUUACUACAAGGCUGGAGAAAUGUUUUUCCCUGAUGGAUUGUGCACGAGUCAGUGCACGUGCGGUGCCAGUGGAGCUGUGCAGUGCCAGCCAAUCACAUGCGGGGAGAACGAGGUGUGCAAAGUACAGAAUGGUGUGCAGGGAUGCCAUCCCCUAGGGGAGGGGAAGUGCACUGCUUCUGGAGACCCACACUACACCUCAUUCGAUGGGCUGAAAUUCGACUUCCAGGGCACCUGCACCUACACACUGGCAAAGCUCCUGUACACGAACGGCAGUCUUACACCUUUUGAAGUGCAGGUGGAGAACGAGAGCUACGGCAACAGGAAGGUGGCUGUCACUAGAAUGGUGGUCACUAAGGUGAAUGGCUAUAGCAUCACCAUGGAGCAGAAGGUCCAAUGGAGAGUGAAGGUGAAUGGAAUCAAUACAAACCUACCCCUGAAGCUGGACGAUGGGAAGGUUUCUGUGAUCCAGCAGGGUAAAAACAUCAUCCUUCAGACAGAGUUUGGGCUGAAGGUUCUCUAUGACUCGGUGUACUACGUGCAGGUAACCGUCCCUGGCAACUACCGGAACAAGGUAGGUGGACUUUGUGGCAACUUCAACGGCAACAAAAAGGAUGAGUUUGCACUGCAGGGUGGCGGACUCACAGAGAACGUCAAUGCCUUUGGGGCCAGUUGGAAUAUAUUUGUGGAAGGCGCCAAGUGCAACCAUGGCUGUGACCAGGACUGCCCCCGGUGUGACGAAACCAAAAAGGCCAAGUACAGCACAGCAGACAGCUGUGGGAUCAUCUCCUCCACAACGGGCCCCUUCGCAGCCUGCCACUCCGUCAUCAGUCCUGACAUUUACUUUGAAAACUGUGUCUUUGACGUAUGUGCCACUGAUGGGCUGAGGGAUAUCCUCUGUAGGAAUCUGGAAGCCUACACUGCUGCCUGCCAGGAUGCUGGAGUCAUCAUCAAGCCCUGGAGGAACGAUGGGUUCUGCCCAAUGACUUGUCCAAAGAACAGCCAAUACGAGGUUUGUGCUGACACCUGUCGCAGUGCUUGUGCAGGUAUCAUCGCCCCCCUCACCUGCACAUCUCAGUGUUAUGAGGGCUGCCAGUGUGACCCUGGCUUUGUGUUUGAUGGGGAGCAGUGUGUAUCCUCUGGAAACUGUGGUUGUUCGCACAAUGGGAGAUACAUGAAGGUUGGGGAGUCCCUGAUGUCUGCAGACUGCUCCAGGAAGUGCACAUGUAACCCCAAGGGAGCAGUGAGCUGUGAGACAAUCCAAUGUACCACUGGGUGUGCUGUGCAGAAUGGAGCCCAGAUCUGUUUAGAUGAGCUUGUGGAUCCAUGCACAAGUAAGCAGUGCAGGAAUGGGGAAACUUGCCAAAAAGUGGACAACCAGGCUGUGUGCUUACCACUAUCGAAAGCUGAGUGUAUCGCUUGGGGAGAUCCACAUUACCGCACCUUCGAUGGACGAAGCUUCGAUUUCCAGGGCACCUGUACCUACACCAUCGCCAAGACUUGUGGGGACAAAACCCUACCCGACUUCAAUAUCGAGGCAAAGAACGAAAACCGGGGUAACACACGAGUGGCCUAUUUGAAACAUGUAAACGUCCAGGUCUAUGGCUUAACGAUAACUAUGGCCAAGUCUGAGAAUGGCAGAGUGAGGGUAAAUCAGAAUGUGUUUUUCUUGCCCGGCAGUCUCCAGGAUGGGAAAGUAAAACUCUAUCAAAGUGGAGGUCUUCUUGUCCUGGAAACCGAUUUUGGUCUCAGAUUGUCCUAUGACUGGAACCACUACCUCACUGUAUCAGUUACAAGCACCUUCCUUAAUCAACUGUGCGGGUUGUGUGGAAAUUACAAUGGUGACUCAAAAGAUGACUUCAUCAUGGGGGAUGGAGAAGAGGCCGACAAUGCUGUGUCCUUUGGGAGAAGCUGGAAAGUUAAAGAUGAUGAUCCUGCAUGCUGGGACGACUGCAUUGGAGAGUGCAAAACCUGUGAACCUAGCCUCAUUUCCAAGUACCAAGGAGAGGAGUUCUGUGGUCUGCUGGCCAAAGCGGAUGGGCCUUUCAGGGACUGCCAUGCAGUCAUCAAGCCAGAGCUCUUUAUGGAUGGCUGUGUCUACGACGUGUGUUUGAAUGACGGGUUUAGUGUUUUCCUCUGUCAGGCUUUGAAGACCUAUGCAGAUGUGUGCCAGGCAGCAGGGGUUAAAGUAUACAAAUGGAGAAAUCAGUCCCAAUGUCCUCUGACAUGUCCUCCUAACAGUCACUACGAGUCCUGUGGCAGCGCCUGUCCUGCAUCCUGCUCCAACACUAGCACUUCUGUCAAUUGCAAGCUGCCCUGCACCGAGACCUGCCUGUGUAAUGAUGGCUUCGUUCUCAGUGCUGGAGAGUGUGUGCCCGUCACGAAAUGUGGUUGCACCUACCAGGACCGAUACUACCCACCUGGGGUCAGGCUGUGGUCUGACAAUAACUGCGAGCAAUCAUGCAUCUGUGACGAGGGCACUGGCAAAGUGCAGUGCAGAAACACAAAAUGCAAGUCCUUUGAAGUUUGUAAGGUAGUUAAAGGAGUGAGGGGUUGUUACUCCAACAGAAAGGCAACAUGCAGUGCCAGUGGGGACCCUCACUACAUCUCCUUUGAUGGAAGCAAGUUUGACUUCCAGGGAACCUGCUUCUACCAGCUGGCGGCUGUCUGCAAUGCAACUGAUGAACUGGAGAAGUUCCAGGUGCAGGUGCAGAAUGAGCACCGAGGCAAUAAGGCUGUGGCUUACACACGGCUCGUACAGGUCAACGUGUACGGCCACAUCAUCAUCGUCAGCACGGACCAUGCUGGGAAGGUCCAGGUGGACAACCUUUGGGUGAACCUGCCCUUGAGCCUGGAGAACAAUAGAUUAUCAAUACAAGAGAAAGGCUGGAGCGCCAUCAUUCAGACAGGUUUCGGACUACAGGUCGCUUUCAACUGGCACAGCCGAGUGGCAGUCACUGUACCUGAAAGUUAUGCAGGAGCUAUGUGUGGCCUGUGUGGAAACUACAACCAGGAUAGCAAGGAUGACUUAACCAUGAAGAACGGGCAGCUGACCAAAGUCCCAGCAGAAUUUGGAGCAAGUUGGAAGACAGAAGACAUCCCCGGCUGCAGUGACCAGUGCAAAGGAACGUGUCCGAACUGUGAUGUCACUCAGAAACGUCAAUAUGAGACCAAUGAAUACUGUGGCAUAAUCACGGAUCCGACUGGGCCAUUCAGGGAUUGCCAUGCCAAGGUGCCCCGUACAAAUUUCUUUGAUGACUGUGUGUUUGAUGCCUGUCUUUACAAAGGCAUGCAGUCUGUUGUGUGUAAGGCCAUUAGUGGCUAUGUCACCGAAUGUCAGCAGGCUGGAGCCCAGGUUUAUGAAUGGAGAACAGACACAUUUUGCACUCCUGACUGUCCUAAAAACAGCCACUAUGAGGUGUGUGCCAGUGGAUGCCCUUCCACGUGUGCCAGUCUCACCACUGGCACACAGUGCGAUGCUUUGUGCGAGGAAGGAUGCCAGUGUAAUGAGGGAUUCAUUCUCAGUGGAGUCCAGUGUGUCCCCAUCUCCCAGUGUGGCUGCAUGUACAGUGGCCGUUACUACAAGGCUGGAGAAAUGUUUUUCCCUGAUGGAUUGUGCACGAGUCAGUGCACGUGCGGUGCCAGUGGAGCUGUGCAGUGCCAGCCAAUCACAUGCGGGGAGAACGAGGUGUGCAAAGUACAGAAUGGUGUGCAGGGAUGCCAUCCCCUAGGGGAGGGGAAGUGCACUGCUUCUGGGGACCCACACUACACCUCAUUCGAUGGGCUGAAAUUCGACUUCCAGGGCACCUGCACCUACACACUGGCAAAGCUCCUGUACACGAACAGCAGUCUUACACCUUUUGAAGUGCAGGUGGAGAACGAGAGCUACGGCAACAGGAAGGUGGCUGUCACUAGAAUGGUGGUCACGAAGGUGAAUGGCUAUAGCAUCACCAUGGAGCAGAAGGUCCAAUGGAAAGUGAAGGUGAAUGGAAUCAAUACAAACCUACCCCUGAAGCUGGACGAUGGGAAGGUUUCUGUGAUCCAGCAGGGUAAAAACAUCAUCCUUCAGACAGAGUUUGGGCUGAAGGUUCUCUACGACUCUGUGUACUACGUGCAGGUAACCGUCCCUGGCAACUACCGGAACAAGGUAGGUGGACUUUGUGGCAACUUCAACGGCAACAAAAAGGAUGAGUUUGCACUGCAGGGUGGCGGACUCACAGAGAACGUCAAUGCCUUUGGGGCCAGCUGGCAAGUCUUUGUAGAAGGAGCCAAGUGCAACCAUGGCUGUGACCAGGACUGUCCACGGUGUGACGAAACCAACAAGGCCAAGUACAGCACAGCAGACAGCUGUGGGAUCAUCUCCUCCACAACGGGCCCCUUUGCAGCCUGCCACUCCGUCAUCAGUCCUGACAUUUACUUUGAAAACUGUGUCUUUGAUGUGUGCGCCACUGAUGGGCUGAGGGAUAUCCUCUGUAGGAAUCUGGAAGCCUACACUGCUGCCUGCCAGGAUGCUGGAGUCAUCAUCAAGCCCUGGAGGAACGAUGGGUUCUGCCCAAUGACUUGUCCAAAGAACAGCCAAUACAAAGUUUGUGCGGACACCUGUGGCAGUGCUUGUGCAAGUAUCAUCACCCCCCUCACCUGCACAUCUCAAUGUUAUGAGGGCUGCCAGUGUGAUCCUGGCUUUGUGUUUGAUGGGGAGCAGUGUGUAUCCUCUGGAAACUGUGGCUGUGUGCACAACGGGAGAUACAUGAAGGCUGGGGAGUCAGUGAUGUCUGUCGACUGCACCAAGAAGUGCACUUGCUUCCCCAAGGGGGUUGUGAUAUGCGAGAGCAUUAGCUGCGCCACAGGGGAGCGCUGCCUUGUGCUGGAUGGAGUGCAGACGUGCCAACAGGACAUUGUAGACCUUUGUGAGAAGAAACAGUGUCAAACUGGAGAGCAAUGCCAAGUAGUGAAAAAUACCCCGGUGUGUGUCCCAGAAUCCAAGGCUGAGUGUAUUGCUUGGGGAGACCCACAUUACCGCACUUUUGAUGGGCAACUCUUCAGUUUCCAGGGCACCUGUACCUACACCAUCGCCAAGACCUGCGGGGAAGAUGCUGAUCUGCCCAGAUUUAAUAUCGAGGCAAAGAACGAAAACCGGGGUAGCACACAAGUGGCCUACUUGAAAUAUUUCAAUGUUCAGGUCUACGGCCUCGAUAUAACUGUGGCAAAGUCUGAAAAUGGUCGUGUGAGGGUCGACCAGAAUGUGUAUUUCUUGCCUGUCACGCUCCAGGAUGGCAAAGUGAAAAUCUAUCAAAGUGGAAAUCGUGGUGUUCUGCAGACUGAUUUUGGCCUCAGGUUAACCUUUGACUGGAACCACCGCCUCGCUGUGUCUGUUCCCAGUGCUUUCCUUGGUGCGCUAUGUGGGUUGUGCGGGAACUACAACGAAGAAUCAAAAGAUGAUUUCCGCAUGCCAGAUGGGCAGCAAGCCAAGAAUGCUGUGUCCUUUGGGGGAAGCUGGAAAGUUGAAGAUCAUGAUCCUGCAUGCCGGGAUGACUGCAAUGGAGAGUGCAAAACCUGCGAGCCCAGUUUCAUUACCAAAUACCAGGGAGAGGAGUUCUGUGGUCUGCUGUACAAAGCUGAUGGGCCUUUCAGGGACUGCCAUGCAGUCAUCAAGCCAGAGCUCUUUAUGGACGGAUGUGUGUACGAUGUGUGUUUGAAUGAUGGGUUCAGAGGUUUCCUCUGUCAAGCGCUGAACACCUACGCCGAUGCUUGCCAGGCAGCAGGAGUAAAAGUAUACAACUGGAGAGAGCAGUCCCAAUGCCCACUGACAUGUCCUCCUAACAGUCACUACGAGUCCUGUGGCAGCGCCUGUCCUGCGUCCUGCUCCAACCCUAGCGCGUCUGUCAAUUGCAAGCUGCCCUGCACCGAGACCUGCCAGUGUAACGAUGGCUUCGUUCUCAGUGCUGGAGAGUGUGUGCCUGUCAAGAAAUGUGGCUGCACCUACAAGGGCCGAUACUACCCACCUGGGGUCAGGCUGUGGUCUGACAGUAACUGCGAGCAAUCCUGCAUCUGUGACACAGGCACUGGCAAAGUGCAGUGCAUAAACACAAAAUGCAAGUCUUUUGAAGUUUGUAAGGUAGUUAAAGGAGUAAGGGGUUGUUAUUCCAACAAAAAAGCGACAUGCAGUGCCAGUGGGGACCCUCACUACAUCUCCUUUGAUGGACGCAAGUUUGACUUCCAGGGAACCUGCUUCUACCAGCUAGCAGCUGUCUGCAAUGCAACUGAUGAACUGGAGAAGUUCCAGGUGCAGGUGCAGAAUGAGCACCGAGGCAAUAAGGCUGUGGCUUACACACGGCUCGUACAGGUCAACGUGUACGGCCACAUCAUCAUCGUCAGCACGGACCAUGCUGGGAAGGUUCAGGUGGACAACCUGUGGGUGAACCUGCCCUUGAGCCUGGAGAACAAUAGAUUAUCAAUCCAAGAGAAAGGAUGGAGUGCCAUCAUUCAGACAGGUUUCGGACUACAGGUCGCUUUCAACUGGCACAGCCGAGUGGCAGUCACUGUACCUCAAAGUUAUGCAGGAGCUAUGUGUGGCCUGUGUGGAAACUACAACCAGGAUGACAAGGAUGACUUGACUAUGAAGGAUGGGCAGCUGACCCAAGUGCCGGCAGAGUUUGGAGCGAGCUGGAAGACUGAAGACAUCCCUGGCUGCAGUGACCAGUGCAAAGGAACAUGUCCGAACUGCGAUGCCACUCAGAAACGUCAAUAUGAGACCAAUGCAUACUGUGGCAUAAUCACGGAUCCGACUGGGCCGUUCAGAGAUUGCCAUGCCAAGGUGCCCCCUACAUAUUUCUUCGAUGACUGUGUGUUUGAUGCCUGUCUUUACAAGGGCAUGAAGACUGUUGUGUGUAAGGCCAUCACUGCCUAUGUCACCGACUGUCAGGAAAAAGGAGCCCAGGUUUAUCAAUGGAGAACUAAAACAUUUUGCCCUCCUGACUGUCCUCAAAACAGCCACUAUGAGGUGUGUGCCAGUGGAUGCCCAUCCACGUGUGCCAGUCUCACCACUGGCACCCAGUGCGAUGCUUUGUGCGAGGAAGGAUGCCAGUGUAAUGAGGGAUUCAUUCUUAGUGGAGUCCAGUGUGUCCCCAUCGCCCAGUGUGGCUGCAUGUACAGUGGCCGCUACUACAAGGCUGGGGAAAUGUUUUUCCCUGAUGGAUUGUGCACGAGUCAGUGCACGUGCGGUGCCAGUGGAGCUGUGCAGUGCCAGCCAAUCACAUGCGGGGAGAACGAGGUGUGCAAAGUACAGAAUGGUGUGCAGGGAUGCCAUCCCCUAGGGGAGGGGAAGUGCACUGCUUCUGGAGACCCACACUACACCUCAUUCGAUGGGCUGAAAUUCGACUUCCAGGGCACCUGCACCUACACACUGGCAAAGCUCCUGUACACGAACGACAGUCUUACACCUUUUGAAGUGCAGGUGGAGAACGAGAGCUAUGGCAACAGGAAGGUGGCUGUCACUAGAAUGGUGGUCACUAAGGUGAAUGGCUAUAGCAUCACCAUGGAGCAGAAGGUCCAAUGGAAAGUGAAGCUCAAUGGGAUCUCAACAAACCUACCCCUGAAGCUGGACGAUGGGAAGGUUUCUGUGAUCCAGCAGGGUAAAAACAUCAUCCUUCAGACAGAGUUUGGGCUGAAGGUUCUCUAUGACUCUGUGUACUACGUGCAGGUAACCGUCCCUGGCAACUACCGGAACAAGGUAGGUGGACUUUGCGGCAACUUCAACGGCAACAAAAAGGAUGAGUUUGCACUGCAGGGUGGCGGACUCACAGAGAACGUCAAUGCCUUUGGGGCCAGCUGGCAAGUCUUUGUAGAAGGAGCCAAGUGCAACCAUGGCUGUGACCAGGACUGUCCACGGUGUGACGAAACCAACAAGGCCAAGUACAGCACAGCAGACAGCUGUGGGAUCAUCUCCUCCACAACGGGCCCCUUUGCAGCCUGCCACUCCGUCAUCAGUCCUGACAUUUACUUUGAAAACUGUGUUUUUGACGUAUGUGCCACUGAUGGGCUGAGGGAUAUCCUCUGUAGGAAUCUGGAAGCCUACACUGCUGCCUGCCAGGAUGCUGGAGUCAUCAUCAAGCCCUGGAGGAACGAUGGGUUCUGCCCAAUGACCUGUCCUGUGAACAGCCAAUAUGAGGUGUGCGCCGACACCUGUGGCAGCACCUGUGCCAGUGCCAUCGCCGCCCUCACCUGCUCCUCCAAGUGUUAUGAGGGCUGCCAGUGCGACUCGGGCUACGUCUUUGAUGGGGAGAAAUGCGUGUUGCUGAAGAUGUGCGGCUGCGUUCACAAUGGGAGAUACAUGAAGGUCGGGGAGUCCCUUGUGUCUGACGACUGCACAGAGAGGUGCAAGUGCAUGGUCGAGGGGUAUGUAAGCUGUGAGAAGAUCAGCUGUGCCCCAGGGGAGAACUGUGUGGUGCAAAGAGGAAUCCGGACGUGCGGCCGCACUCACGCCAGCUGCAACCUGCUCUCCGUGGGCGGGCUCACCACGUUUGACAAGCUGAUGACCAUGCUGGGGUCGAACGGAAAGUAUAAGAUGAUCACCCUCUGCGACGGCUCCCAGACUCGCUUCGAAGUCACAGCUGACCUGAACCUGGCUGCCCCGACACCGAUAACAAAUGCUGUUUACUUUAACUAUGAAGCCACGUCCAUCGUUUUGAAGCCAGAUCUGAUGGUUCUGGUGAAUGGACAGCAGGUGGUGUUACCAGCGCAUGUAGGAGACAUUUCCAUCACGGUGUCCCAGGGAACUGUCGUGAUUAAGCACAGCUCUGGGAUUGAGCUCAAGUACUGCAGCUUCGGUAAUGUGAAGGUGACAGUGAGCGAGUCCUACGCCAGCCGGCUCUGCGGCCUGUGUGGAAAUUUCAAUGGGUUGAUCCCUGAUGACCUGAUGAUGAGAAGCAGCUGGAUUGCAACCAACAUCUUAGCCUUCCACACAGACUGGAAGGAGUGAGGGCUAUGCAUGAAGCACUGAGGCUGGAAGUCAAGCACCCAGCUCAUCACAUUCUUUAUUCUCUUGGUGUGGUUUUUCAAAUACUGCUUAUAUAUAGGUUGAAGUUUGUUGUUUAAGCGUCAGUCAUAGAACCAUACAACUGUGUUGUUAACUACGUUUCACCUUAGUUCUGCUCUGUACCAUUUACCCAUUUUGUAAAGCAAACAUUAAUGGCUAGUCUUUUUGGUGUAUUUUUUUAUUUUUUUGGAUUUGGUGUUAAUUUCAAUGUACUGUAGAUUGACCUAUUCAAAGAACCUUAAGGACUGUUUAAACUACAUUGAUCAUGCAUGUUGAACAACGAGAAUAAACUUCCAACUUUCUCAAAAACAAAAUUUAAAAACAAUUAAGAUUAAAAAUAAAAAGUCUAUACAACGGUUGUGUGAAUAGUUCUUGUAAAAGUUUGUGAAUUGGGUCCACAGUCUUACAGUCAUUUACUGCCCUGUGUUUACCUCUAUGCUUACUAUACUGGGGUCAUCAUUCUAGAGUAACAUUUAUUUUCAUCUCCUUUCCAAUGUAACUGUAACACAAUCACAGUGUAUCUUUUUCAAGGAAAGAAAUAAAAAAAAUCUUUAAAUGAUCAAAA